AUGUCUUUCCUCACAAGAUCUUAUGCCAACAGGGCACUCAGUGUCUAUGGAGGGGCAGGAGGCAGUGGCUCCCGCAUCUCACCCUCCGUCUCAAGUACAAUGUACUCACCUGGCGGAUUCAACCUGGCUGAUGGACUUGACCUCCAUGUGUCAGCCAAUGAGAAGGCCACCAUGCAGAACCUGAACGACCGUCUGGCUUCCUACUUGGAGAGGGUGCGCACUCUGGAGAAGGCCAAUGCCGACCUGGAGAAGAAAAUCCGAGAGUGGUACGAGAGCCGUACAGUUGUGGCCCAUGAUCACUCUCCUUUCAUGGACACCAUUGAGGAUCUGAGGAGACAGAUCUUUCUUGCCUGCAGACAAAAUGCCAAAACUUUGCUGGAUAUUGAUAAUGCAAAGCUGGCUGCUGAAGACUUCAAGAUGAAGUCCGAGAACGAAAAGACCAUGCGAUUAGCGGUGGAGGCAGACAUUGCUCACCUGAGGCGUACCUUGGAUGAUAUGAGCAUGGCUCGCUCAGACCUGGAGAUGCAGUAUGAGGGGCUGAAGGAGGAACUGAUCUUCCUGAAGAAGAACCAUGAGGAGGAAAUGGCACUGCAGCGCACACAGCUUGGAGGUCAAGUGAAUGUCACUGUGGAUGCAGCGCCCUCUGCUGACUUGAACCAGACAUUGAAAGAGAUCAGGGAGCACUAUGAGUCUGUCACUGCCAAGAACAAGAAUGACCUGGAGCUAUGGUACCAGAGCAAGAUUUCUACUGUAGAGCAGGAGGUUAUCACACAAAAUGAAGAUCUGCUGGAGGCCAGGACAGAACUUAAACAGCUGAAGAGCACACUCCAGAGCCUGCAGAUAGAUCUGCAAGCACUCCACAGCAUGAAACUAUCACUGGAGGACACCCUGGCAGAGACUCAGGAGCGUUAUGCCAUCCAGCUGGCAGAUCUUCAAAACACAGUGACCAGUCUGGAAACCCAGCUCAGCCAAAUCCACGCCAAUAUCGCCAGCAACAAAGCUGAUUACGACCAGCUGCUGGAUCUGAAGACUAGACUGGAGAUGGAGAUUGCUGAGUACAGAAGACUGCUGGAUGGAGAUGAUAGUUCUUCCUCAACAGUGGUGAAAAAAGUGAUUACAGUGGUGGAGACCAUUGUAGAUGGCAAAGUGGUGGAGACUAGCAAAACCGUUGACAUCGAUGUCCAAAGUGAUAACGAUGACUAA